GAGUGUAGUUAGUUUGGGAAAGUAAUACGAUGCUCAUAAAGGAAUACAGGAUCCCGUUGCCGCUGACUGUCAGCGAGUAUAAGAUCGCUCAGCUGUACAUGAUAGCGAAAAAAAGUCGAGAUGAAUCCAAAGGUGCUGGCAGCGGGGUGGAAAUCAUGGUGAAUGAGCCUUAUACGGAUGGACCUGGGCCAAAUGGAACUGGUCAAUACACCAGGAAAAUAUAUCACAUCGGAUCCCAUUUACCAGGCUGGCUGAAGAGCUUAAUGCCCAAAUCAGCCCUGAUUGUGGAAGAAGAAGCUUGGAAUGCUUAUCCGUAUACGAAAACCAAGUACAAAUGCCCGUUUGUGGAGCGUUUUACGCUCGAAAUAGAGACUUAUUAUUUCAACGACGAUGGGAGCCAGGAAAAUGUGUUCAAUUUGUCAAGAUCCGAGCUUCGGGAACGAGCAGUUGGAAGCCGUAACCUUGAAGAAGACGUUCUCACUGCGAGAAUGGAAAGCAUUGCUCACGACUCCGAUCAAGGAUCAGAUGCCAGUGAUGAAUUCUACGAUGCCAAGGAUGAGUUUUCGGAAACACUGUCGCUAACUAAGUGGAACUCGAUGGAACUUGUUCCUGACGGGGACAACGUGCAAUGUUCGGGUCCGAGUUGCCCGAAAAGAGAAGGUUAUGUCUUACAAGGAUCACCAAUUGUUGGAAGAGAGGAAUUGACGGCGAAAUACGAGAGGCAAAUAUCAUCAAGAAGUGCUGAUUCGUAUUUAUCACAUGGCGUUUCCCCUGUGCCACCGAAUUGUUCAACUGUAUGUCUGGUUUUGGUGUUCCAUGGUGGAAGUGUUCUUGAUGUAAGUGCGGAGAUGUCGUCGAAAAAGUCGGAUGUUACUACAUUCCGUGGGGCAUUCGAGUCCGUGAUGAGACAACAUUAUCCGUGCCUUGUUGGACGCGUUGUCGUUCAACUCGUUCCGUGUCCUGCAAUGUGCUCUGAAGCCCUCGGAUUAUUUUCCAGUUUAAGUCCGUAUUCCUUCGACGUGUCGCCAACCGCCAGCGAUGGUAACGUUUCCAUCACCCGAGACGCCAUUCCCAUCGGCGCCGUGCCGCUUUUCAUGACUAAUUCGCCGGAAUAUCACGAUGCAGUCUCCAGAGUCAUUUCACGAGCCAAUUCAGUCUAUCACGAAUUUUUGCGGAGUGAGGAAGGAGUCGGUUUUAGUGGCCAAGUUGUGAUUGUGGGAGAUUCCGCGGGAGCUAUUUUUGCCUACGAUGCUCUGUGCGGACAUGAUCGGCCUGAGAAACGACUGAGUUCGGAGAGCAUUGAUAAGGAUGGACUUCAUGAGCAGCAACACUCAAAGGUGCACGCUAACGUGAGUUGGUACUAUAAUGUGUUGGAAUCGGUUUCGGAGAGCGAGGCCUGGGAACCGGGAAGGAAACCAAGUUGUCAGAAAAGUUUUUCUGACAUUCCCACGUUGUCCGGAUGUGGUGUUGGUGACGGAGAUGGUCAUCACGCUCCGUUAAAAGCAUUCCUAUCGGCUCCUGCUCCCAGGAGCUACUCGAUUUCAAGUAGCUGCGACAGUCAAGCUGGUCAGCUGGAUUUUGAAGUAUCCAGCUUCUUUCUUAUGGGAUCUCCUCUGUCGAUAAUUUUGGCAUUCCGUCGGAUUCAAAACUCUGAGGACAGGAACGGUAUGCCUCCGCGUCCUGCUUGCGGUCAGAUUUACAAUCUUUUCCAUCCAGCUAAUCCGGUGGCCUCGAGAAUUGAGCCACUUUUGGCGACACGUUUUGCUCAGCUGCCGCCAAUACCGAUUCCGCGGUAUUCAAAAUAUCCGAUGGGCGAUGGAACGCCGACUAUUCUU